GCGGCGCUGACGCGAACGCCCUGGCGAGUGCGGCCUGUUGGGUUUGAAGCCUCGAAGUUGGAUGUGAGCCGUGCCGGCAGAAUGCUGCGGAGGAAGCCCACCCGGCUCGAACUGAAACUGGACGAUAUCGAGGAGUUUGAGAGUAUGAAGAAGGAGCUGGAGAAUCGGAAGAAACAGCAGCGUGAGGAAGGGGUCAUGGUGAGCUCCAGUGAUGUGGACAGUGCAAAUGGAGCACGAGAUGAUGCCAAAGUUAGAGAAAAGAUAAAUGAGCGAAUUGGUUACCGACCCAAUGCUCACAUCAACAAACCCUUCUCUAUGUUCGGGAACCUCCACUGAUAGCCCGUUGACAUGAACACACGUGGAAUGUACAGGUUCACCAAGGAGUGAAAUCAGACCUGAAUAUUUUGAGGAUUGUUAAUUCAAAGACGUGUUGGGUCUUGGCAAAAUUGGUGCCCAGCUAACCUUCCUGCUGAGGACUGUGCCAAAUGUAAGAUAAAAUGGUGUGAAAAUCACUGACCUAGCCAUGCACACUUGAGAUAUUUCCACCAGUGUUUUAUAAAGAGGUAACAAGCUGAUCCUUUGAUUUUUAAGAAUGACUGUGUUGUGAAUUCCAAUGAUCAUACUAUAUUGGAUUUUACACAAUGGAUUUAUUUUAAAAUAAUAAACAUGCCUCUUAUUUUUCCAGUUGAA